CAGGAAGCAAACAGAAGAUGUUUGACUCUAUUACUGAAAUCAGAUAAAAUUCGGGAGGCACCCAAUUUUUGACAAUGUUCUGGCGAGAUUAGAGUUGCCCUUGCAUCUAUAUUCAUCUCGAUAUGACAUAGUAAUUACGUCACUUUCGCGCGAUGACUAAGCGCUGUGUAUUUUGUGAAUGAGUGGACGGCUGAAUUCUUGGCAUUCCUCCGUCGGGGAUGCUGAUUCCCCGCGCGAGGAAUUCUCCUCCAGAGAGCGGCUGUCAGUGUAGAACACACCAAGCCACUACUUUCUCUGACGAGUGUUAGCAUUCAGUUCGGAUUCCUUAUCAACUAGCUGUGAAAAAGCGUUUGUCUAUUUCAGAAUCUGGUUUUUGAUCGAGAGGAAAAACAGAAACACGCUCCGUACGUCGACUUAUCAAAAAGCCCGGGGUGUGCGCUCUUUAUAAGUAUGGCCAAGUUUCGAUCCGAGCUGCAGGUUCCUGUUAAAAAAGACGAAAUGACAUUCCAGGACAGACAAGUCAAAUCUUGGGAGGAUAUGGAAGUACGCAUGGAAAAGCGCAGGAAGGAGUGGGACGACGAAUUUGAAAAAAUCCGUAAGGACUUUUUUACUUUAAAACCCACCGAUAAUCACAUCGGGAACGGAAGUAUUGGUAAUCACGUGGGGAUCGACAAUAACAUGGACACCAUGAACUCAAUGUUUGAAAGCGACGGAACGGGACAAAGGUUUAAAGUGAGAUUUGAUGUUUCUGAAUUCCGACCAGAGGAAAUUCAAGUUAAGGUACAGGACAACAAAUUAUUUGUUUCUGCAAAACACGAAGAAAAAUCCACAAAGGCUUCGGUCAGUCGUGAGUACAGCCGACAGGUAGACAUACCUAACAAUGUGGAUCAGGAGAAGAUGCAAUGUGUGCUAAGUAGGGACGGGAUUUUGACUGUGGAUGGGCCUACAAAAGGACAGAUUCUGAUUGAAAGGGAGACUACUCUUCCGAUACAGCACCAACCCUCUAGCACUCCGAUAGUGACCCCUGUCUCACCUACACCAAAUGCCAACAACCAGGUGGCGCCUUUCUCCAAACCACUAGAAAUUGCCACACCCGUCAAAAAUCCGAUCAUAACGGAGCCAGACGGCACGCGCAAGUUACGGCUAAGUGUCGACGUCGGUGAGUUCAAACCAGAAGAAAUUGUCGUAAAAACUGCUGACCGGAAAUUAAUUGUACAUGCAGAACACGAAGAAAAAUUAUCAGGUCGCACUCUUCAUAAGGAGUUCAAUAAAGAGUACGAGUUACCCGAAUCGGUGGACCAGUCCGCCAUAACGGCGUACAUUGGAGAGGAGGGGAAGUUAUUUGUUGAGGCACCGCUUAAACCACAGCAACAGAAACGCUAUUCCAUAACACAGAGUCAUGACGUCAGAAAGGUAGUCGUCACCAAGGAGUCCCAAGUGACCAUCACAGACGGUAACAACCGUCCCAUGGUAACAAUCAACGUCCACCGGCGUUAGACAAGAUUUCGACGUGAUUCACUAUACGCCAUGUACUGUUUUACGUUCUGUUUUUACUUUUUCAAUGAAUAACGUAACUUAAUAUCAAAGACAGCGUCGUGCAGAACUGCAAAAAUGUCGGGGGCCAUGGUUCAAACUUUACAAACAAGCUUUGAGCAACUCAAUUUAGGUUUUAACAUAGUGUUGUGUGCAUCAUGUCUUGAUUCACCUGUUGUGUGCAUCAUGUCUGUAUUCACCUGUUGCGCAAAUUUAUCAUACCAGAAAUAUGUAACCUUCAUCCGCAUGCCAACUGUCAGUAACCGGAUGUAACCUUUGACCCCGACAUACACCACUCGUGUGUUCUCGUAAUUUUAUCUCAAAACUCUAGGAAUUAUAUAACAUUUGUUGAAUGUUAUUGAAAAGUUUUAGCGUUUCUUAAUGACUAAAGUGAAUUCAAAGAUUGGAACAGACCCAAAACUUAAAUGCGUUUUUCGUGAAUACGUCCGAUGUGAAUAGUCAUGUCACUUUUUAUUUAUUUGGAUGUGUGCGAGAACUUGGGAGAGCGAGCGAGAUUAAACGAGAAGCGAAGUGCGUGUAGAAUGAAAUACAUUAGAGAAUUAUUUUUCAUAAAAGUUAUUUGUUAUUUAUAUAUUGUGCCUAUUGUAAAUAUACUAUUAGUAUGUUCUAGUACGUAUGAUUAUUUUAGGUUGUUUAAACUACAACAGUAUUGCAUUUAUUUCAAAAUCAACGUUGAUUUGAUUUCUAAAGCAGUUACGUUAGAUUAUAGCUGUGGGCAAUAACUUUUAAAUUAUAGCUGCAAGGGGCGGUAACUACCGCCCCAGCUCAUUCAGUGUGGACCUGUGAUCUAUUAUUAGGACUUCAUUUAAUUGUUAAUUCGUCUACUCUGUGUUGUCUACUUGUCUUUAUGUUAAAUAUGUAGAGAUUUACAAAUAAAUGUUACUUUGUCGCC